AUGGAGUCCGCUCCGCAGAGCCAGCCCGACGCCCUGUCCGCAGGCCGACGCAUCUAUCUGGGCAACCUCCUCUACUCGGUCAAGCCGUACAAUAUCGAGGAAGCGCUCGCCGCCAACGGCUUCGGCGACUUCGAAAAGAUCCACAUCUCGGUCGAUCCCGUCAGCGCACGAAACCCGGGCUACUGCUUCGUCGACUUCCCCGACAGCGAUGCCGCCCAGCGCGCCCUGUCCUCGCUAAACGUCGCCAUCAGCGGACGCCCCGUCAAGGUCGGCCCCUGCGAGCCCAAGAAGCAGCGAAACCGUCCCUCGGACCGCGGCGACCGCUUCGCCUUUGAGCGCUGGGGCGACUGGGGCGCAAGCAAGGGUGUCGAACAGGGGCCUCGCGGGGCCCUGAACCACUUUGACGACAUGGUCGAGGACGGCCACGAGGGGCGGAGGCUAUACGUCGGAGGGCUGGGCAAGAUGAUUGAUCAGGCCCAGAACAACCGCGAGAUAAGCGAGCUCUUUGCCCACUUCAACCCAAUCGCCAUCGGUAAGCGAAUAACGCCGCACGAGGCUACGAGAUCCAAGCCCGGCAACCACCACUACUGCUUCGUCGACUUUGAGACCAAAGCAGAGACGCGGGCAGCCAUCCAGGCCCUCAACGGCAAACCCAUCCCGGGAGGGCGGCUCAAGGUCGCGCUGGCCGGCAAGAUCCCCCAGAAGCUCAUGGAGCGCCACACGGACGCGCGCUACGGCCGUCGUGCGUACAACACGAGCCCGGAGGAGGACUCCGGGCGUCAGGGUGAGGGCGCCGCGCAGGCGGGCAGCAGGGCCAUGGCAUCCCGAGACUGGCGCAGGAAAAGAGACGAGGCAGAGUGA